CCUACCUGCGAUUUAUGAAAAUAAAAUAUUAUGGGUAGCCUAUAUUUACGACGAGAGGAUGCAUCUUCACCGAUUAAAAUGAAUAAAAUAAUUUCUAAAGAAUACCAACAUGAUAUAUAGACAAAAGUUGUUUAACAAACCCUCUCUAUCGCAAUGUUAUAUCUGUGGUUUUGAGCUAGCCAGAUUGUAAGUCCAAAAACCAGGAAAUAAAUUACUUAUGGUUGGUUCAGCCAUACAUAUGGGAAAACAAUCGGGUUUUGGGAUAAACCAUGGCAGAGUUAGUGCCUACAAAAACUAUACUAUUUUUCUCUAUGGCAUUGUAGAAAACGUAAUCGUGGACAAAGUUUUCACAUGAUACUGACUUUGCAACUACACAAAUGUCCCGCAGUGCUUUACCAUGACACACCUGUGAAACAACCCACCCCUACUUAAGUUUCACUUUACGACCGAGUUUGACAAACACUAGGACAAGUUCACUUAUUUACACUAUUAAAACAUCAUAUUUGAAUCUCAUGGAACAGCAGGAGCCUAGACAUCAGGUGAAUCAGUGGGACUUGCCCUUAUGAGAAUGUUUUGUACCAACUUGUUUUAUGGAAUAUCAUUUGAAAUGUUGAAACACAAUGGUAAAUAGUCACUUUGCAGACAGACAGACGGGCCAAUAAUUGCACUCACAACACAUAGCCCCUAGACAUGAAUAUCAUACAGACCGAGACAGGCAGAGAAACAGUGAUGUCAGAGCACCUGACUUUAAACCCAGAGCCAGAUGAAGACCGAGCUGGAGGGCCUUCUAAAACCAGUGGGUCUACUGCUGCAGGACCUCAAACACCUGGAUCAAAACAACUGGGCCUAGAGCACAGGAGGAUGGAAGAAGAAAAGGGGGAAGAGGAUGAAAAGGAGGAGGAGGAGGCAACCAGCUCAGCUGCCUUUCAGCCUAGCACCAUGGCAGGGAGACCAAGAGAUGGUGCGAGAGGGAGAGAAAGGAAGUGUACCGUCUGAGAGCGAGGGAACUGAAGGGGAGGAGAGGGAGAUAGGGAGCCAAGAGCUUCUGGAGGGACAGGAGAGACAGCCAGAGAGUGAGCGAAAGGCAAAAUGGAGAGAAAGCAUGCCGGAGGGAGAGAGAUGGACGGAUGAGGAGGUGGAGGGAGGCCAAGAUGAGGAAAGGGAUGGUUCGCUUGAAGAUGAGGAGGAAAGCCCAGUGAAUUGGAUGCCAGAAAAGGCUAUGCAGGUCUUCACUCCGACAGUGAUAGUGCGUCCAUCUAGCAAAUGGGAGGAGUUCCCACCCGAAAAUAACUACUAUGAGGAAAUGGACACUGAGAAGAGUUCUUUCUUAGAGCCCCUGACACAUACAGUCCCACCAGUAUACUACUACCCACAAUGGACAGAGGAGCGGGUCAACUACACACAUAUGUGUUGCGGGGACGUUCUGAAACUUGGCCUGGGCAUUGGUGCUGCAGCUGUUCUAUUCCCUCUAAUCGUGUGGGGUGGCUAUGCCCUCUUGCCCUUUGAUGCCCCACCACUGGACAGCGCCCCUCUCAGGCUGGUGCACACACUACGCUGCUCCUUCUUUGCUGUCAUACCCAUCAUUCUAGGUGUGCUGGUGCAGGGGGUGGCGCGGCUGCACUACGGCGCCGUAACGCCCCUCUACGAGGGCAAGGUGGGGGAGGAGAGCCGGGAGAUGGGGGUGCACCGGCACUAUGUGGUUGACUCGCUCUCCAUCUUCCUGCUCUACUUCCUGCAACUGGCCAUUAUGGCCACCUACAUUAGCCAGGACCUGCUCAAGAUUGUGCCCCUGCUCACCAUCGUCUUUGCCUUCGGCAGGCUGAUCUACUGGGUGUGUGUGUCCCUAGGCAGCAGUGUGAGGGGGUUGGGCUUUGGCCUUUCCUUCCUGCCCAUACUGGUCAUGCUGGGUGCCAACCUCUACUUUGUGUGCUCGUCACGGCAGCAUAGCCUAGUGGUUAGAGUGUUGGACUAGUAACCAGAAGGUUGUGAGUUCAAACCCCCAAGCUGACAA